GUGGGUUUCGUCGGUUGCAGGUAAAAGUCGGUAAAACGCCGGGAUCGCCAGGAUGACCGCAGAUUGGCGCAGAUCGCUCUCAGUCAUUCGUGGUUACUUGAUCACUCUCAUAGUCUUCUCUGAUACAUAUCUACAUUUGAAAUCCCAUUGCACAAGGAUCAAUACCUACGGAAACUCCGGCAGAUUACUUUGAGCAACCUAAGAGAACGAAUGACGGCUGAAAUGGAUUUCCGCAAUGUCACUCAUUGCAUCUUCGAUAUGGAUGGUUUAUUACUGGAUACGGAAUCCCUAUAUACGAUGGCGUACAAUUGCGUCACUCAGGAAUAUGGAAAAACAUACACCUGGGAGCACAAGGCAAAGAUCAUGGGUUUUAAAAGCGUCGAGGCUCUGAAAACUAUAAUAGAUCUGUUAGAGCUGCCAAUUACGAUGCAAACAUUUGAAGAAAAACUUGCUCCUAUAUACCAGGAAGUAUUUCCUCGAUGUGAUCUCAUGCCAGGUGCAGAGAAAUUGUUGCAGCAUCUUAAAAAGCAUAACGUACCUAUUGCGCUAGCUACAAGUUCGUGUGAGGAGAGCAGCAAUUUGAAAACCCAGAAAUGGAAAUACCUGUUUGACUUGUUCAGCCACAAAGUCUACGGUGGUUCUGACCCAGAGGUUGUCCAAGGAAAACCACAUCCAGAUAUAUUCUUGAUUGCAGCAAAACGUUUCCCUGACAAUCCCGAUCCAUUAAAGUGCCUAGUCUUUGAAGAUUCACCGAACGGAGUGCAAGCUGGUAUCGCCGCCAAAAUGCAAGUGGUAAUGGUGCCAGAUCCUCAGCUUCCCAAACACCUCAUUAAAGAUGCUACCCUAGUCCUGAAAAGUUUGGAAGACUUCAAACCAGAGGACUUUGGACUACCUCCAUAUGUAGUAUAAAACUAUUUGCCUUAGCCUGCAAGAGAAAAUAUUAGAUGUAUUAGAUUCUUCGUAUAAAUGAAGCAAGUAAUUGUUUACGAAAAUGAAACGAAAGCCUGCAGGCAGGCUUUUCUUUAGUACUAAUAAAGUCUGACUGAUGUUUAUAGAUUUUGUUUGAAAAAAGAUGAUACAAAUAUUAUUUUCUAGAGAUGUAUAUUUUUGUUCAAUAUAGAGUUUUCACUGCCUGAAUUUGAAAA